AUGCCUCUCACAGAAUUUAAGCUCUCUAAAUUUCCGGACAAUAUUAUCCGCAAGGUCACCUUUCCCGACCCCCCCACUUGGGCCGACCUUGCAGUGAGAAUCCAGUCUCUGUAUCACAUUCCCCUCCAGGACAUCGGCGUCUCCUAUAUUGACAAUGACGGAGACGAAGUCACCCUUAGCUCGGAGGAGGAGCUCCAGGAUUUCUACAGGCAUGCUCAGUCCGCUGUUGGCCAGCCCGUAAGGCUCGUCAAGUUCGGCGUACGAGACUUGGGCGAGCUUCGCUCCUUGGGCGAGCAUCCCUCCGAGAGCGGAAAGCCGCUGCCUGCCACUCCUCGUAGCUCCAACUAUCGCAAUACUUUCGGAGGCCCCAUGCCUAUGGGUUUCGACGAGGACGACUGGCAGCGUGUUCCCCCCGGUCUCGGUUCUGUCUUCUUCGAUCGCAUGAAUGCCUCUCCCAGUCCCCAUGCCUUCGUAGAGAUCCUCGAGAGUGAUGCGGACGCUUCGCACACUCGGGGAAGGGACAAUGCGUCUACCAUCGCCAGUUCCGACCUCGUUGACUUCACCCCGACUGCCGACAAGGGGAAGGGGAGGGCGACGGAAGAGGACCUGCGAAUGCCUACCAUUUCCUCCACCGAAUCAGUCAUCGCUGAAGAUACGCCCACGAAGCCCUCCGUUCAUGUGAUGGACAUGAAUAAUACCAGUUUGGAUGACGUUUUCGGUAUUCGCAAGGCAAAGUCCCCCGUCGAUGCUCAAGAGGGAUCUACACCGACCCCAAAGUCUCAGGCGACAAACGUCGCAGCUACUGACGCUCCCACGGCGCAGCCAGAGGUCGCGGAUCCUCCCCUGCCCGAUCUGGAGUCUCUUCCCCCACCCCCGACUACUCCUUCGUUGACGAGCGACGUUGCAAAUCUGUUCGGUGCACUCUCCAGCAUAUUCGCGUCCCACCCAGAAGUCUCUGAAGGUUUGCGCAAUAUCGUCCGCAAUGCUUCCAACGGAAAUUACUGGCACGCUCAUCGUGACGCGGUCUCUCGGGCUGCCGAAGAGAUCCGUCGCAGCGCAGAAGUGGGCGCUCAGGAGGUUCGCGAUGCCGCUGUUGACGCGCAUCGUGCUGCGGAGGAGGCUGCCGGACAGCGUGUCGCUGAAGCUAUUGCCAACGUGGUGCGUGUCGUCGCUGAAGCUACGAAUACUGCACUACAUCCCGGUGCUGGCCCUUUCCCACCACCUCCCAGGACUUCCACCCCGAGGCAAGCCGACGCUGCGCCUACUCACGAGCCUACCCACGACGAUGCUUCAGGCCCUGUCCCGCCCGCUCGCCCCGCAUCUCCAUUGCGCAGUGGUAAUUGGGAUAGCUUUUACAGGCCUCGAGAUACCAUGCACACAGACGCUGCGGAACCGUACUCUUGGUAUCCGGGAAGAUCACCGUGGGGCAGACAUAUGUGGCAGAGAGGCGCGUGGCCCCGCAUGAGAGAGGGCUUCCCGCCUGGUCCUCCCCCUCCCCCUGGUUUUCCACCGCACCGUCGCCCUCCACCUCCUAUGGGUCCGCCUCCUCCCCCUGGUCCUCCGCCACCCCCGGGUCCACCACCGCCUGGAGGGCGAGGCCGUUCCCCUAGUCCACCUCCACCUCCACCUUCGGGUGCACCCCCUCCGCCGCCACCGCCGGGCUGGGCGCGCAGGGGGCAUCAUCUUCACCACCCUCACCGCGGUCCGUACCAAUGGGGCCCAUUCAACCCGAUGCCUCCACCGCCUCCCCCUCCGCCGCCCAUCGUCACCUUCCCAGGUUCGUGGCCUGUGCCACCUCCACCGCCGCUUCCCCUCUCGGUCCCUUCGGGAGAAUGGUGGGGUGCGUCUGACUCGUUCCCGAUGGAAGGGAUCGAGCCCGAUAUCUCGUUCGAUAACACUGAGCACGCUGAAGUGACUAUGUUCGGUGCUGCACCGAGUCCGAAUUCGCCACAAGCGAUCAAGCAGUCUCUACAGGCUGCGAAGGAGCGCUACCUCGCGGAGAAGGAACGGUACCGCCGCGAGAGGGAAGAGCGCAAGCGCAAGAUGAACAGGUCCGGCGAGAGUUCACAGCCUCACACGGGCGAAGAUAAGCAGGCUCCUGAAACGUCUACAAAUAAGGAGCAGCCGAAGGCAGUGGAGGCUGUAGGGCCGUCGACUACUGCCACUGUCGUUCCGGUGCCAUCAGCUCAGAUCGUCAGCAAUGCGCGCGGCCCGUACCCGCAGCUGGAAAUGUUCAGCAUCCCGCCUCGCAGGUUCCACACUAUUCAUGGAACGGGGCAGCGUCGUGCCUCCAGCCCUCCCCCGCCGAAUAGGGCGGCACAGGCCAUUAUGAGAAGAUUGGGUGAUAUGGGAUUCACUACGACCGCGUACCCUACCCUCCCGAGCGAGGUGACGUCACGCUUACCUCGCAAUGGUGAAUGCACGAGACAGGAGGAAGAUACGAUCGUCUCGGACGUGUUGGAAGAGCUUCUCCAGCAAUCUCCCGCGAAGAUGAUCCAUGCGUCGGGAUCUGGUUCCCAGGAGAAGAAAGACAAGGAGCUGCCGGGAGCUUUUCCUUGA